AUGUCUCUCUCCUCCUACCUAGCCUCCAAAUACCUCACUGCCGAGCCCGCGCCCUCCUCUUCCACCAAGAAGCGCAAACGCAAGACUCCCUCUUCAACCCCCGGCCUCAUAAUCGCAGACGACGACGAGCUUGGAUGGUCCAACACCGCAACCGCCCAAGACGACGACGACGACACUCCACAAACGGUCGCGUCCGGCUCCGCUGAGUUUCGCAAGGCGAAAAAGAGCUCCUGGAAGACCGUCGGCGUUCCUGCGCUGCAGCCCAAGGACAGCGAGCAGGAUGAAGCCGAUCGGAUUCUCAAAGAAGCCGCGGAGGAGGGUCGCGGUCGCGAUGACGACGAAGCGCCUGCUAUCGAGGACGCAGGAAUAGUGAAGAUGGGCGACGGCACACACGCGGGUCUCCAAAGCGCCGCCGCGGUCGCGGCGCAAUUCGCCAAACGCAAGAAGGAAGAGAUGGACGCAUGGCAGCGAGAAUCCAAAAGCAAGCACGGCAAAGGGGUCGCCGAAGAGACGGUAUACCGCGAUGCUACGGGCCGACGCAUCGAUAUCAGUCUACGGAGGGCAGAAGCAAGACGCGAGCUAGAUGAGAAGGCGCGCAAGGAACUCGAGGAGAAAGAAGCCAUGAAGGGCGACGUGCAGCGCUUGCAGCGCCAGAAGAGAAGGGAGGAAUUGGAUGAGGCGCGAUUCAUACCUGUGGCGCGCACCAUCGACGAUGAGGAACUGAAUGCGGAGCUCAAGGAGAGAGAGAGGUGGAAUGAUCCAGCAGCCCAGUUCUUAGCCUCCAAGAAGGCGGGGAAGUCUAGAUCGGGGAAGCCCAUGUAUAAGGGCAGUUGGGCGCCGAAUAGAUAUGGCAUCCCUCCAGGACAUAGAUGGGAUGGCGUGGAUAGGGGGAAUGGCUGGGAGGCCGAGAGGUUCAAGGCGGCGAAUCGGAUGAAGAGAAAUAAGGAGCUUGAUUUUGCUUGGCAGAUGGAUGAAUAG